GUGCAAACUUGGAUCAGUAGAGUGUAAGUUAAGGAAAGGGUACAUUAAGUGUAGCGCCGUUUGAUUUAGGGCUUUAAGUAAUCCCAGUAUGGCAUCAGUGUCCACAUAUAAUUCCAAUUCCUUGGAGGACACCUCGAGGAGAUUGUCAUCAAGAGAUGGCAUGAGCUUGGAGGAAAGUAGCACAUUACCUCAUAUACCGGGAGAGAGUCCUGUAAUAGACAAAGAUGUAAUCUAUGUUUGUCCGUUCAAUGGUGCUGUUAAGGGGAAAGUGUACAUUACAAGUUAUCGACUUUACUUCAGAAGUCAGGACCUGGAUUCUCCAGUUAUAUGUGAUGUUCCAUUAGGAGUAAUCAGUCGAAUUGAGAAGAUGGGAGGUGCUUCCAGCAGAGGAGAACAUUCUUAUGGACUAGACAUUACUUGUAAAGAUAUGAGAAAUCUUAAAUUUGCACUGAAACAGGAAGGCCACAGUAGAAGAGACAUAUUUGAUAUCCUGACAAAAUAUGCCUUUCCGCUAUCACAUAAUUUGCCAUUUUUUGCAUUUCUGAAUGAAGAAAAAUUUUCUGAAGAUGGAUGGAAAGUUUAUGAACCAGUACGUGAAUAUGUAAGACAGAAGUAUCCUGCUGAUAAAUGGCGAAUAACAUUUUGUAACCAGACGUAUGCCCUUUGUGAUACGUACCCACAGUGCUUGAUGGUUCCAUAUGAUGCAACUGAUGAAGAUCUUCAUAAAGUAGCUGCUUUUCGAUCUAGAGGUCGAAUACCGGUGCUGUCAUGGAUUCAUCCAGAGAAUCACGCUGUGAUUAUGCGUUGUAGCCAGCCACUGGUUGGAAUGAGUGGCAAGAGGAACAAAGAUGAUGAGAAAUAUCUUGAUCUUAUCAGAGAAACCAAUGGGCAAACCCAGAAAUUGACCAUCUUUGAUGCUAGACCAAAUGUGAAUGCUGUAGCUAACAAGGCAACAGGUGGAGGGUAUGAAGGUGAAGACGCAUAUCAGAAUGCAGAGUUGCUGUUUCUUGACAUUCAUAACAUUCAUGUCAUGAGGGAAUCUUUACGAAAACUGAAAGACAUUGUGUACCCCAAUGUUGAAGAAUCUCACUGGCUUUCUAGUCUAGAGUCAACUCACUGGUUGGAGCACAUCAAGCUUGUUCUUGCAGGAGCAAUUCAAGUAGCAGACAAAGUUUCUUCUGGAAAGAUGUCAGUUGUGGUGCAUUGUAGUGAUGGUUGGGAUCGAACUGCUCAGCUCACUUCACUGGCCAUGUUGAUGUUGGACAGUUACUACAGGACAAUUAUAGGAUUUGAAGUGCUUAUAGAAAAAGAAUGGAUAAGCUUUGGACAUAAGUUUGCUUCUAGAAUAGGGCAUGGUGAUAAAAACCACGCUGAUGCUGAUAGAUCACCAAUUUUCCUGCAGUUUAUUGACUGUGUAUGGCAGAUAACCAAACAGUUUCCUAUAGCAUUCGAAUUCAAUGAACAGUUCUUGUCCACUAUUCUGGAUCACCUUUACAGUUGCCGGUUUGGAACUUUCUUGUACAACUGUGAAUCGGUGAGGCAAAAAGAGGGUGUAAGAGAGAAAACAGUAUCAUUGUGGUCAUUAAUUAACAGUGAAAAAAUCAAGUAUACUAAUCCAUUCUACAGCAGAGAAACAAAUGGGAUACUGUAUCCAGUAGCAAGUAUGCGUCACUUGGAACCCUGGGUUAAUUAUUAUAUCAGAUGGAACCCAAGAGUCAGACAACAGCAUAACCCAGUAGAACAGCGUUAUCUGGAGAUGCUUGCUUUAAGAGAUGACUACCUCAGGAGACUCAAGGAACUACAGGAAUCCAACUCUCCAAAACGAGCAAACUCUGGAAAUUCAACAUCUGCAAUGGUCUCCCAGGUGCAGACUCGCUUUUAAUGAGAGCAUUUUCCAAGAAACUGUAAAUAUAUACAGCACUGGACGAUAAACUUGAUCAAAUGAAUCUGUUCAGAAGCUUUUUGCUUAUAGGCAGGCCAUAGCUUUAUGGAAAGUUGACAUUUUUACUUUUCUUUUUGCCAAAGUGUUAAGACAUUCAAGUCAUCUUUUGUGGUACCAUAUUUACUUUCUGCAUUUGACUGGGCUGGAUUUCAGAUCUCUACAAAAAGAAAAAAAGAGUUGAUAAUUCAUUUUCUUUUUUCCAUUACAACCAAAUGCAGUUUAUAUUCAGGUUUGAAUGUCCAUGACAGCAACAGGAACUGAUCUGAAUGGCAUAUCCUAGGGCACUUUUACAUCAAAAUUUUGAUUUUUCAGUUUUUAAAACUGAAUUAUGAGAUUAGGAAAAGAUGUAUACAGUAUUAUGGCUUUGCAUGUAGUGUUUUAUGUGAAGCUGUGCAGGACUUGGGAACUGGAUUUUCCCUCCAUCACCUUAUACACAAGGACCCACAUGUACAUAUAAUAAAUAAAGUGUGUGUGUGUGUGUGUGUGUGUGUGUGUGUGUGUGUGUGUGUGUGUGUGUG